GCCUGUCUCCGGCGUUUGUUGCGUUUUAGUGGAAAUUUUCAUCAGUUGCAAUUUACCGGAAAAAUGGGUGGAAAUUCACGAAAAUUCAAACGUGCCGAAAAGAGUAAGAUAAAGCUUAAGGGUGCCAAACUACCGAAAGGGACAAAUGUCACCAAAACCAACUUCAAGGUGCGAAAAAUCGUUCUACCGGACCAGAUCAAGCAACGUAACCUGGGGGAUGCAGCCGUCCUUUCCAGUCGCAGUUUGACCGUUAAGGAUUGUUUGGCCAAGUUGAAACAAUCGAACCAAGCAUCCAAACUGGAUGGCUUACGCGGUUUGCGAGAAAUUUUGGCGAAACUUCCGUCCGAAGUAACGGAAAACCAUCUGAGCACCGCCGUCAAAUCGAUCGCAAGCUUGACGAUCGACGAAGAACGGGAAGUUCGACGGGACAGCUACAAAACGCUGGGGCUGUUGUUUGCAGCAGCCCAGCAAGAGAAUGUGCUUCCCUUUUUCGACAUCUUGCUAUCAUUCUUGCGAUGCGCGAUGACCCACAUCCAACCAAGGGUUCAGGAGGAUGCGUUACUGCUGCUGGACACUUACCUUCAGUAUCUACCGCGGUUAGUUCUGUUGAACAGGGACAAAAUUUUUCCUCAAUUCCUGGAUAUGAUAUCCAAGCUGAGAAGCGAAUCGAAACCGGAACGUACCUUGACUGUAACGCUGAACAAACAGACCACCAGCACCCGGUGGCGAACUCGGGUGUUGAUGAGGUUGAUUGGGAUGUUGAGGAUUCUGAUCAAUCACAAAAAGUCUGGGGGAGAGUCCGGGGCUAAGGAUCUGCAGAAGACAGAUCAGACGGAAGCAAUGGAAACUGACGACACUAGUAAUCCAUUCACAACAGCUGCUUUCCAGGACUCGUUCGAAACGCUAAAAGUGAACAACAUGUUCGACUACAAAGCCGAUGUGCACUAUCCGUUGAUAAGGCACAAACUUCACCAAACCUGUCCUCUAGGAUCACUUUUUCGAAAGUCCCUCGGUGAGGGGAAACUCACUCUAGCCGACCAAGUCGACGAAGGUGGCAAGCUGAAAACCUACGUGCAAAUGUUGAUGCCGCUGCUGUUCGAGUCUUGGUUGGAGGUGCGGCCAAAUUCGAGCGAAUCCAGCGAACACGUGUUGACGCACGAAGCGGCCAUCACCCUAGGAAUGCUGCUGGACAUAAGUAUCUUGCUGUGGGAGCUGGUUGUUUGCUACGAUAAGGAAACGAACGGUCCUCACUUGACCCAGUGGUUUCGGUCGCAGUACGGCGCCGAUUUUGGUAGCCACAUUUUGAAAGGUUUUCCCUACUAUCAAAGUCCUGGAGCUAAAAAUCGUUCCAAAACCACUGGUCUUCCUGAUGAAGUAAAGGAGCGAAACGUCGAUGAAAAAUGCUAUCAACAAAAUUUUAACAUUUGCUAUUUGUACUGUUGCCUGAAUGAAAACUUUCGAUCGGAUCAGACGAAUAAACAUUACGAUAAAGUAACUAGCUACGUGGAACGUUGCGUUAGCAAUUGGAAGUUUCGGUCACCGGAAAUUGCUGCUCAGCUACUCAAAGUGCUUCGGUUUAUGCUGCUGGAAACGGAAAGCUCAGCUUUGUCUUUAGGAAUCAACCAGAACACUAGAGCACUGCUCAAAACUCUCCUAGAAGUUUACAUCCAAUCCAAACUGCCACAGGACACUCGCAACCGAAUCCUCAUUCUAUUUUGCGAUAUAAUUGUCCUCAACGAUCGCCUAUGGCGGGAAUAUGGUCAGGAAAUUUUCACUCUCUGGUUGCGAAUGCUGCCGAAUUUGUUGAGGAAGCCGGUGGUAGAUUUCGCUGUCCUAAAAGCGCUGCUAUGCUUAGCCAAACAACGUAACGGUAUAUUUCUGCAAAGUUUGGAGGAAAAUGUGGACGGUAUAGUGGACAAUUUGAAGAAGAUUCAGGUGGUCAACGAGCAGUACCGGAACGAGGGGUUGAUACUGUUGAUCAAUUUACUGUUUUGGAUCGGGCGAAAGGAGGUGCUAGAGCAGUUGCUGCAGAAAGAUCGGGUCCAGCAGAUGGGCUUGGAGGAUGGUGUCCGGGAUUAUUUCCGAAAAACGUUGAAAAUUCGCCUCUUGAGUUUGUAGUGAUGUGCAAAAUAUGAUCGAUACUUCGUGAUAAGAUCUUCUUGAUAUG